AUGAAACAAAUUUAUAAAAUUUUAACAAUUUUUGUUUUAUUAAGUUUAUUGCUAUGCUGCUCAAUAGUAUCCUCUGAAGGCUCUAUUGAAGCCUCAACCUCAAAAGGAGGUUUGGAUCCUACAGGAAGUAGUGCCACAGACUCAACAUCCACCUCUUUGGAUUUAGGAAGUAGUACUUCUGGUCCAAAUGCUUCAUCUUCAGAAAAUACAACCACACCAACUUCCUCACCAAGUAAUUCAACUAAACCAACAAUCACCCCAAGCACAACUCCUUCCUCUACUCCAAGUUCUACUCCAAGCAGAACUCCAUCAACCACAACUCCAACCUCUCAACCAACAGUUCCACCAACUCUCAAUCCAGGUGGUUUAGAAGGAAACUCAUCAUCAGAAGGAUCUGGUUCUUUCUCAUUAUAUUCUCUUAUUCCAUUAUCAACAUUCACAAUUAUAUUAAUCUCUGCAAUUCAUUUAAUACUUGUUUAA